CACCGACCCAAAACAAUGGUGGCAAGUCUUUAUAGAGGGGCAUCUAGGAAAGAAAAACUAAGAGGCCGUCAUCAUGGAUUAACACAGCAGAAGAAGCAAGAGAUUAAGGAAGCAUUUGAGCUAUUUGACACGGAUGGCUCAGGCACUAUUGAUGCCAAAGAGCUGAAUGUUGCCAUGAGGGCUCUUGGUUUUGAGAUGACUGAAGAGCAAAUCAAUCAAAUGAUUGCAGAUGUUGACAAGGAUGGAAGUGGUGCAAUAGAUUUUGAUGAAUUUGUGCAUAUGAUGACAGCUAAAAUUGGUGAAAGAGACUCUAAGGAAGAGCUCAUGAAAGCAUUCCAGAUCAUUGAAGAUAACAAUGGAAAGAUAUCAGUUGAAGACAUUAAGGGAAUUGCAAAGGAUCUGGGUGAGAACUUCACUGAACGAGAGAUAAAGGAGAUGGUUGAGGAAGCAGACAAAGACCGUAAGUUAGCCUCCAUUUUUUAACCAUUACUUCUGUGAUUUUUGCUUUCAACUUUAUCUUAAAUGACCUGGCUCAUUAAGAUUGUUUACUUCUUAAUUUUUAGCCAAACACACAUGUAAGGUUUCCUUUUAAUCUAUUUAAUGUGCUCUUAAGAUUCUUAUUUAACUUUGUGUAAUCUGGCCAUUUAAGAAGAGUUGCCUCUGGGUCAGAUCGAAGGGACAUGUAUGAGUAUAUAUAUAUAUAUAUAUAUUGGUGCCAUUUAAGAAGAGUUGCCUCUGGGUCAGAUCAAAGGGACAUGACAUGAUACUCAUAUAUAUGUGACAAUUUAAUACCUGAUUUACAAUUUUUGGUUACCAUUCUGUUUCUGAAAGUUUGACUUGUCGGCUGAUGCAGUUAGAUAAACAGUUGGUGAAGUAUUGUUAGUGUGAGGCAAUUUCGGAAAGACCAUUAGCUGUGAUGGUUAAAUAUAAUAUAUCAACCCUUUCAAUUUAUUUAUUACAAAUUGAGUCAUGCUAGGGUCAUAACAUGAAGAUUGAUGUAAAAGUUAUUUUAUCAAUAUUUCCUUUUUUUUUUUUUUUUGUCCAAUAGCAUUUAGAUUUUGAAAUUUUUGCUAAA